AUGUCUUCAAAUCGAAAAGUAGUGUUUGUGACCGGCGGUGCCGGAUACAUCGGAAGUCAUUGCGUCGUAGCCUUGCAAGAGGCGGGCUACGACGUUAUUGCGGCGGACAAUUUCGCUAACAGCGUCGAUGACGAAUUCGGGGGUGCUAGCGCUCUCAAGAGGGUUGAACAGAUAACAGGAAGAAAGGUUCCUUUCUACCGUUGUGAUAUGUUAGACCGUGACAGUAUAGACAAGAUUUUUAAAGAGAAUCAUAUAGAUUGCGUUAUACACUUUGCGGCAAUGAAAGCUGUUGGAGAGUCUAUGAAGUUACCAUUGCUGUAUUAUAAGAAUAACUUAGUGGGAAUGAUUAAUCUCUUAGAGGUAAUGGAAUCCCAUGAAUGUUAUCAGUUGGUAUUUUCGAGUUCAUGUACAGUUUAUGGGGAACCAGAAACGUUGCCAAUUACCGAAAAUCAUGAAACCGGAAAGGUUACUAAUGUAUACGGAAGAACAAAGUAUUUUAUUGAGGAGAUGUUGAAAGACAUCAGCUUAGCUGAUCAGAAAUGGAAUAUAAUUGCUUUGCGUUAUUUCAACCCUGUCGGUGCACAUUCUUCUGGUUUGAUUGGAGAAGAUCCUACAAAAGCUUUCACAAAUCUAAUGCCUUAUAUUGCUCAAGUGGCCAUUGGAAAAAAGAAAGAACUAACCAUUUUUGGUGGAGAUUAUGAAACUAAAGAUGGCACAGGUAUAAGAGAUUAUAUUCACGUUAUGGAUUUGGCAGUAGGUCACGUUGCUGCUCUAUCUAAACUCAAUAAUAAUCACUUAAGACUCAAGUUUUACAACUUGGGGACCGGCAAAGGAGUCUCAGUGCUGGAAUUAGUUAAAACUUUUGAACGUGUCACUGGAACUACUGUCCCUUAUGUGAUAACAGAUAGGCGAGAAGGAGACAUUACUUCUAUGUUUGCUGAUCCAGAAAUGGCCCAUAAGGAAUUGGGUUGGAAAACCCAAUACAGCCUAGAAGAAAUGUGUACUGACUUUUGGCGAUGGCAAACUAAAAAUCCUGAUGGAUACAGAGGAGGUGCCAUUAAUGGUCAUAAAUAA